AUGACACAAAUAUACCCCAUCAAAAGUCGUAGGGACGAUGAACGUCUAGUCCGCGAGUGGGGCUUCAAACACGUCUUUACCUGGACUGAUGGAAGCAACGCUUACUACCCCCCACAUAGUCAUAGCGGCUUGACGACGCAUCUCAUCCGACGGGGCAGUCUUACCAUCACAUAUCCGGACGAUAACUCCAAAUUGCACAAUGGAGAAGUGAAGAAAGAGACGUUUGGAGUGGGCGCGAGAAUCGAUGUGCCCGCUGGUAAGUUACAUGAGGUGUGGAUUGGAGAGGAUGGCUGCGAAUAUGUUAUCGGGGAGUAG